AUUAAAAUAAAAUAUAAUGAAAAGAUAAUUAGUUAGUUUUGUGGCUCGUUUUGUAAAACAACAUCCUAAAUUACAAAUAAAGACAUCUUUUUGUUAGCAUGAACAUGUAAGAGAUUUAAUAGAUAUAGGGUUGUUUGUAUAAUAUAAUAGAGGGAUUAGUGAGAUCUUUUGGUAUAGCAUAUACAAUGAAAGCACUUUUUGGUUUGAUUUCAGCAUUAUUAACAAAGAAUAAGAAGAUAAGUAAGGGUAGUUUGAUUUUGGAUGCAUUUAUUGGAAUAGAUACAUUGAAAUUUGCGUCAUUUCCAACUGUUUAUUGUUUAAUACAGAAAACAUUAAUUUGUGGAUGUAGACACUUAACAAAAUAAGAUAUAAAGAUAAUGUCAUUUGUAUCUGGAUUUAGUGGUGGAUUUGUGAGUUUAAGUUUAAUUGAGGAAAGUAAAAGAAAGAAUUGGGCUUUAUAUUUAUUAACAAGAUCAAUGGAUACUAUGUUUAAUUCAUUAAUAAACAAAAAUAUAGUUGCAAAACGAAGUUAUUAUUACAUAAUAUUUAUGGGUAAAUAAUAUUAAUAAUAAUAUUAAUAGCUAUUGAAGUAUUAGUGACAGCAUAUGCAUUUGGUUGUGAAAAUGAUUGUUUAGAAGAUUAUAUGUUGAAAUUUUAUGCUAGAUUUGGAAAUGAAAAUUAGUGUGAAUUAGAUGAAAGGAAAUGCUGGCAUGAAAGAGUGAAGAGAUAAUUCGAAAAUAAAUAAUGAUAUAAUAAU